UUUUAUCCAAUGGCAACUACCCAAUUUAGCUGGCAUGCCAUGUUGUCAAUGUAGGAUUUCAUUCACUUGCUAUCUGACACUGUAAACAAACGCCUGCUGGCAUCAAGGAGGGAACGAGGAUAAAUGAUCAGCUCCGGAGGAGACUAGUUAGCUAGCUAAAUUAGCUUGACAGGGUUUCAACUAGAUAGCACAGCCACAACGUACAAAUUGGCUAUAAUGUAAAGAUUAAUGAAAACAGAAUUGGUGUUAAUGUAAGGUUAGGCGUACGGUUAGCCCUGUGGUUAAAGUUAGGUUUAAAAUCUAAUUUUAAGAAGAGACAUUUUAGAAAUAGGCGGGGUUUACGACUUUGUGACUGUAGUAACGACCGUUUUGACGGAUUCCGAUCAAAAAAUGUCUUGGAGCCAGGUAUUCCACACCAGCUGCCUUGUGCUUCUGGUACAUCUGCUCUGCCUGGAGGCAGUGCCCAUCAGUCUGGACAAGACCAAGGUGAACCAGCCGGAGGACAAAGCCUCAGAGCCACCACCAAGUGUGGACACUGGACUCCACUAUGACCGUUAUCUCAGGGAAGUCAUUGAUUUUCUGGAAAAAGACCAGCAUUUCAGAGAGAAGCUCCAUAACACUGAUAUGGAGGACAUCAAGAUGGGGAAGCUGGCCAAAGAGCUGGACUUUGUCAGCCACCAUGUAAGGACACAACUGGACGAGCUAAAAAGGCAGGAGGUUAGCCGGCUACGGACACUGAUCAAAGCCAAGCAAGACAUUGAAGGAGGGAACGAUAUGGCAGUAGACCACCAAGCUCUGCUGAAACAGUUUGAGUACCUGAACCACAUGAAUCCUCACACCUUUGAAGUGGAGGAUCUGGACAGACUCAUCAAAUCAGCCACAAACGAUCUGGAGAACUAUGACAAGGAGCGCCAUGAGGAGUUCAAGAAGUACGAGAUGACGAAAGACCAUGAGCGAAGGGAACACCUCAAGACUCUAGACGAUGAAGGGAGGAAGAAGGAGGAAGAACAUUACGAGGAGAUGAAGAAGAAACAUGCAGACCAUCCCAAAGUCAACCAUCCAGGCAGCCAGAAUCAGUUCAAAGAGGUGUGGGAGGAAGCAGAUGGUCUUGACCCUGAAGAUUUUGACCCCAAGACCUUUUUCAAGCUGCAUGAUUCCAAUGGAGAUGGCUUCUUCGAUGAGCAGGAAUUGGAGGCAUUGUUUACGAAGGAGCUGGAGAAGAUCUAUGAUCCUACCAAUGAAGAGGACGAUAUGGUGGAGAUGGAGGAGGAGCGCCUGCGUAUGAGAGAGCACGUCAUGAACGAGGUGGACACCAACAAAGACAGACUGGUCUCCUUAGAAGAGUUCCUGAUUGCCACAAAGAAGAAGGAAUUCCUGGAACCAGAUAGUUGGGAGACCUUAGAGCAGAACCAGGCCUACACAGACGAGGAGAUGAGGGAGUUUGAGGAGCACCUGGCCCAGCAGGAAGAGGACCUCAACCAGAAAGCAUCAGACCUCCAGAAACAGAGGGAUGAGUUGGAGAGGCAACAGGAACAGCUCAACUCACAGAAAGUAGAGCUUCAGCAGGCAGUAGAACACAUGGAACGGUUGAAAACCCAGAAAGUUGAGCCCCCUCCAGAGGUUCAUGUAGAAGGGAAUGCUAUCCCAGAGCCACAAGGAGAGUACCAUCCUUUGCCCCUGGGCCACCAAGAUAUGUCCCAAAACCACCCGGGUAUGAAGCAAGACAACCACCUCCAGAACCAAAUACCCCACAACACCCAGGAUUUGUCCCAACCACGACUCCAAGAUCUGCCCCCAGGCCAUCAGGCAGUGCCAUAGGGCCAACAUUACUUACCAUAAGGCCCCCAUCAGAACCAGCCCACUCAACCCCAGCUGCCAGAUAAAACUCUAUAGACAACACCUCUGGCUCCAUGGCCUCCCACCCACAGACCUUUACAGUACUUAUAUACCUCCAGUCCAGUGUGCAGAGGUCCCUCCAUAUGGGCAUGUGUACCCCGUUAUCCUGAAAGAGUUAACUGAAAACCAGCUGGAGAACACAGGAGGCGUUUACAGUAUCUCUGCCCACUUGUGGAUUUCAAUUUGAGCCUCCAAGGCCUAGAAAUGUUUUAUACGUUUGCAGUCAGGGAAUUUGUGUUAGAGUGCAUAUAUGGUAUGUGAUGUAUGGAUUGGUCAUAAUUGAUCAUUACUUAAAAUGCAGAGCUUUGGUGGAAUGGUUUUGGUAGUGUCAAUGUCUAUAUAUUUUGGAACAUUGUUUUUAAUUAGUGAUGUCAGGUCACUUCACCUGAAUAAUGAUAAUGUUGUGAAAUGUACGGAUUCCUGAAAAGGCUCCAUUUCAAAAGGCACUGAAAAUGGCAUUGGGAGCAUUAUGAACAGUAAAGACAACUGUCUCAUGGAACAGAAUAUAAUAUACAAAUCUU